UGUGUUUGUUUCAAUGGCUGCUUUCAAUACCUUCUCCAAUUCCUCUAACCCUCGAUGGAAUCAUGAUGUGUUUUUGAGUUUCAGAGGCGAAGACACUCGUAAGAACUUUACUGAUCAUCUCUAUACUGCACUUAUCCAAGCAGGAAUCCUCACAUUUCGAGAUGAUUACAUUUCCAGAGGAGAAAAUAUCUCUUCGGAGCUCUUUAAAGCAAUUCAGGAAUCAAGAAUUUCUGUACCAAUCUUCUCCAAAGGCUACGCUUCUUCUCGGUGGUGUCUCGCUGAACUUGCAGAGAUCAUUAGGUGCAAGAAUACGAUUGGGCAAAUCGUAAUUCCCAUUUUCUACAAUGUUGAUCCCUCAGAUGUGCGGAAACAAAUCAAGGAAGCUUUUGAUAAACAUGAAGAAUUGGAGGAAGUAAUGGAUAAAUUAAAGAUGUGGAGAGAAGCUCUUACUGAGGCAGCAGAGCUAGACGGAUGGAACCUCCAGAAUGUCGCAAAUGGAUACGAAUCAAAAUUUAUCCAAAAAAUAGUGGAAGACGUUUUGAGGAAAUUGAAUUUCAAUUACCUGAAUGUUGCUAAACACCCAGUAGGCAUUGAUUUGCGGGUCAAAGAUGUAAUUUGUUUGCUAAGUCCUGAUUCAAGCGAUGUCAACAUUGUGGGUAUUCGUGGGAUAGGAGGAAUUGGUAAGACUACAAUAGCAAAAGCUGUAUUUAACCAACUUUGUCAAGGAUUUGAAGGUGGCUGCAGCUUUCUUUCCAACGUCAGAGAAGUCUCUGAACAACCUAAUGGUUUAGUUCAAUUACAAAAACAACUACUUCAUGAUACCUUGAAAGUGAAAAAUUUCAAGAAUAUAACAGGUAUUGACAGUGGCAUCCAUUUGAUCAAAGAAAGACUUCGUUACAAAAGGGUUCUUGUUGUUGUUGAUGAUUUGGAUCAAAUGAAACAAGCGGAUGCGUUGGUGGGAGACCGAAAUUGGUUUGGCCCAGGAAGUCGAAUCAUCAUUACAACGAGAGAUGCUCAUUUGCUAGAUCAACUCCAAGUGAUCUUACGUUAUGAGGUCAGAGAACUGAAUCAGGAAGAGUCCUUUGAGCUUUUCAGUUGGCAUGCCUUUAAUGAAAUGAUUCCAAUCCAAGGGUAUAUGGAGGUUUCAAAAGAGGUGGUGGAUUAUGUUGGAGGUCUCCCACUAGCCCUCGAAGUAUUGGGUUCUUAUUUGUGCAAAAGAAGCAUACCUGAGUGGAGAAGUGCUAUGGAGAAAUUAAGAAAAAUUCCUCACCACCAAAUUCAAAAAAAGCUUAGAAUAAGUUAUGAUACGUUAGACGAUGAUAAAAUAAAGGAUAUAUUUCUUGAUGUUGCCUUCUUCUUUACUGGUAUGGAUAAAGAUUAUGUAAUGAAAAUACUAGAUGGAUGCGGCCUUUUUCCAGAAAUUGGUAUGAGUGUCCUCAUCAGCAGGUCUCUAAUGACCAUUGAUUCCCAGAAUAAGUUAGCGAUGCAUCAUCUGUUACGGGAUAUGGGGAGGGAGAUUGUUCGAGAAAUGUCACCCAACCAUCCUGGAAAACGCAGCAGGCUUUGUUUGUACGAGGACGUUCUGGAUGUACUCAAUAUGCACAAGGGCACGGAUGCGGUUGAGGGUCUUAUGCUAGAUGCCAGAGCAUCAAAAGAUGUAGUUGUGAGCACAAAGUCAUUUGCAAAGAUGAGAUAUUUAAGAUUGCUUCAAAUCAAUGCAGUACAUCUUACAGGAGCCUAUGAGAAUAUUUUCGAUGAGUUGAGGUGGUUUUGUUGGCAUGAGUGCCCUUUGAAGUCUAUGCCACAUAAUUUGCAAUUAGACAACUUGAUCGUUCUCGAAAUGCAGUUCAGCAACAUUAGACAGUUCUCCAAGAAGGUUAAGGUUCUUAAGAAGCUGCGGAUCCUUGAUCUUAGCCAUUCGGUUCACCUCGAAAAAAUAUCAAACUUCUCAGGACUUCCUAGUUUGGAGAAAUUAUUACUUGGAAGUUGCACGAGUUUAGUUAACGUCCAUCGAUCUAUUGGACAUUUGAAGAGACUUGUUUUCUUGGAUUUGGAGGGCUGUAAGAACCUAAAGAAUCUUCCUGAAAGCAUAUGUUGCUUGAAAUCUCUUGAAACUCUUAACAUUUCAGGCUGCAAAAAACUUAGCAGACUGCCAGAUCACAUAGGGGACAUGGAAGCCUUAACUGAACUUAUGGCAGAAAGAACUGCCAUUGGACAACUUCCCUCUUCCAUUGGACAUUUGAAGAAGCUCACAAAACUCUCACUGGGUGGAUUGAAAGAUGGCGUGCAAUCUAGAUCUUGGUUUCAACAAUUUUCAUCCAGAUUAUCAAACUCUAAAGUUUUGUUGCCAGCUUCCUUUGCUGGCUUAACCUCAUUGACAAUACUGUUUCUUCCUGACUGUGGUUUAUCUGAAGAUGCAUUUUCCAUUGAUCUUGGGUGUUUAUCCUCACUCGUAGAUUUGGAUUUAAAAGGAAACAAUUUUUUUAAUCUGCCUGCUGGAAUUGGCCGCCUUCCGAUGCUCCAGACAUUGUGGCUGCAUGACUGCAAAAAUCUCAUAGCAAUCUCUGAGCUUCCAUCUAGUUUAAAGCAGUUGCUGGCAUCUAAUUGCACAUCAUUGGAAACACUAUCACUCAAGUCAAAACAAUUGCUGGGAUUGUCAUUGCUGAAUUGCCCAAAACUAGUUGAGAUUCAAGGUCUUGAGGGUGUGGAAAAUAAUCCAAUCGUUCAUAUGGAUCAAAGAGAAGAGUAUCAUUUUUCGGAAGAGAAUUCUAGUAGAUCGCUUUGGCAGGCACUGUCCAAGUGUAUACCUUUAGGCGUAUGUUACUCUGGCAGCGUGUUACCAUCACCUAUUCAUCGGCUGGUGAACUAUGAAGGAAUUGGAUCUUCUUUCUCAUUUCACGUACCAGAAAGUAUUAGAGGGAUGGUAUUUUGGAUUAUGUAUGCAAUCACUGACGUAAAAAAUAUGUACAAGCCAGCAAAUAUAGUUAUACGAAACAAUAGAAAUAGGAAUGCAUGUUAUUCAUGGAAGAUGGUAUUUGUGUUCAACACUGGUGAGGAUCAUUCUUUUGCAAGAUAUGUACCAAUUGACAUGCUUCCAUAUGCAGUUGAAGGCGGAGAUGAAUUGGAAUUUUCUGUUCAGGCAGGAGCUGGCACCUUGAUUAAAAAAUGUGGUGUGCAUUUGAUCAAUCCUGAGUUCGCAAACACAUUUCCCACCACGGUCAAAAGAAUUAUGCGAGCAAUGGAAAUCACAAAUUACAAAUUUUCUCCAUUUGUAUAAUCACAAAUUUGUGCAUCCACGAGUUUGAUCUUAAUUGAAUUUUCGAACAUUUCAGGUUCAAACUCCCA